UGUCACAUCCAGCGUAGAAGAAGAAAUUGCGGAAGCACAUGGAAGCUGGAAAAAAAGAGUGGCGUUUGCUUUUCAGCGUUUUGAUUUGUAUUUAUAAUUAUUAAUGCGCUUAAUUAGGUUGUGUUUUAUCGUUUUUACAUAACUAAUGUAGUAGAAAUAUUUGUUGCCGGUUUUUGCGAUGGGUCGAGCACAGAGAGCCAAAAAAGUACAGAAACCAAAACCAACGGAGAGCUAUGACGAUGACGACCCUGAAGCCUACAAGAACAUGCCCGUCCCCGACAAGAAAUCUUCACAGUACAUAAAGGACAAAAUUGAUGAGUUUCACGAUGAGAAGAUUGCAAAACUUCUUGCUCGUGGUGUUCAGAUGGAGAGCGACCAGGAGGAUGUGGAUGAUGAGGAGGAAGUGAUGGCUCUGGAUGAGUCCGAGUCAGACGAAGAAGAAGAAAUGGAUCAGGAAGAUGACACAGAUAUGGCGAGUGAUCUAGAAGAGAAAAAGGAUGAAGAUCUUCCUAAUGAAAUGGCCUGGGGCACCAAGAGGAAGCUGUACUAUGACUCGGAUUAUGUGACCAGCAAAAGAAAAACUCAAGAAGAGUUGGAAGCAGAGGAACAAGAGGAGGAAGAAGAGGCUAAAAAUAUCCAAAAUCGUUUAGCUGAAAAUCUCUCUGAGGAGGAUUAUGAUUUAAACUUAUUUCAGGACUUUGCUGUGGGGUCGGAGAAUGAAAAGAAGACUACAGAAAAAGAGGCAAGGAUCAUAAAAGACCUGAAACUAAUGACCCAGAAGGAAAAAAUGAAACUUUUGAAGAAGGAAUCGCCAGAGCUUCUUGAUAUUAUUCAGGACUUCAAGGCAAAGCUUACAGAACUGAAAGAUGAGCUGCAGCCCCUUGUCGAGAUGGUGAAUGAUGGACAGAUUCCAGCAGGAAAGGGUGCUGACUACCUCAAAACCAAAAGGCAACUUUAUCUGAAUUACUGCACAAAUAUCAGCUUUUACUUGGUGCUGAAAGCGAAACGAAUCCCUGUUCAUAACCAUCCUGUGAUUGAAAGACUGCUCACCUACAGAAACCUCAUCAAUGAGUCAAGUGCAGUAGAUGCACAGCUUGCACCGCAGCUUCUCAAGCUGGUUUCUGGUGAACAGAAAGACAGAAAAGGCAGACUUUUCAACAAGCCAGCAGAGGGAAAGAAGACAAGAGUCUCCAGUAAAAAACUAAAGGAAUCUGGAGAAACAGUUGUUGAAGAUUCAGAAUCUGAUUUGGAUGAGGAAGCCGCUUUAAGUUUCUACAAAGAAAUGGAGCAACGCAUGAAAAUUAAGCGGAAGAAUGCACGUAGUCACCUAGAAGCUGAAGUUUUGGAGGAUCAUAAUCUUGAAGAGACAGAAAUGGAUUCAGAUGUUAAGAGAGGCAUCACUUACCAGAUGGCAAAGAACAAAGGACUCACACCAAAGAGGAAGAAAAUUGACCGUAACCCCAGAGUCAAGCACAGAGAGAAGUUCAGACGGGCAAAGAUCCGCAGAAAGGGCCAGGUCCGGGAUGUUCGCAGGGAGGAGACGAGAUACAGCGGAGAGUUGUCUGGUAUCCGUGCUGGAGUCAAGAAGAGUGUCAAACUUAAGUAACCAAGAUGAGACAUCAUUUCACUGUACUUUUAUUAGUGGGACGCCAGUCAGUUCUUGCAUAAAGCCGACAUCUCAUUUCAGUUCUGCUAUAUUGCUCAUGAUGAAUAAACUUGUGAAAAAGA